GCCAGUGGCACCGAAGCGAGGAGAGAGAUCACUCCACAUAUCCCAUGGCCAAUCUUAAUCCCCACGCCGCCGUCUACGUUCCGGUGCGCAAUUAUACUCCCAUUUACGGUUACUCUCCUCCCUUGGCUCCACCUAAUCGUCUGCUGGUUGUUCUCUGCAAUGGCGUGCCUUACAACUUUGAGCUCUGUUUACAGAGCUACCAUCCUCCACUUCCUCUUCUUCCUCCCCCACCUCCUGUUUUUAACGCUUACUAUAAGCCUUCGCCACCAUCAGUAGUUCAUCUUCCUAAAGCCACCCUGACACUGAUAGACCAGGCGGAAGAGGCGAUGAAGCCAUUGGAGCAAUUUUGCAUUACUGAUCAGGGUAAUGUAGGGGAAGAGGUUGGAGAAGAGAACAUCGAGGCAGCCUGCAAGGGCAUGCCAACAAGGUCUGCGCUUAUUUGGAGAAGGAAGAGUAGGCAUCGGAUGCGGAAGGUCGAUAGGAGAGUUAAGGCAAUGAAUUACGAGCUUGAGUUCAAGAAAGGUGAGGAGGGUGAUGCAGUUGGGAAAAUUGACCAGGGAAAGACUACUGUCAUGAUCAGGCAUCUGCCUAAUAAAUUAAAGAAGGCGAAUUUGCUGAGCUUGUUGGAUAAACACUGCGUGGAGGAGAACCAGAAGAUAGCGAAGGAUGCUGAAGAGGAUAAUGGGAAGCUUUCAGAGUUUGACUUUUUGUAUCUGCCGAUGGAUUUCAAGACCGGAAGCAACCUUGGUUACGCCUUCGUGAAUUUCACCAGUGCAAUUGGCGCCUGCAGACUCUACGAUUUCCUGCACAACUUCGACUGGAAAUCGGUUGGAUCCUGCAAGAAAUGCGCCGUGGUCUACGCGAGAAUUCAGGGUUUGAGGGCAUUGCAGAAGCACUUCCAGAGCUCGACUUUUGUGUGCCAAAGCGACGAGUUUCUUCCGGUGUUCUUUGCGCCACCGCGCGAUGGCGUGAACGAGACAGAGCAGCGGUGCGUCGGCAAGCGUUUGCCGCUGACACCACGCUAGCGCCGCUGCACUAGACGUGAGGAAACCGAUGAUGCAGGGCUUAAAGAGCCUACUAGUUUACGUCGUCUUUACGUGAAAAAAAUGUAUCUCUAGGGUUUGGUGUCUGCCUCUCUCUCUUUCUUUCUCUCACUGUUAUCCUUCAAGGAGAGCUAAAAAGGGAGAGAGCGGUUUGGGCCAAUGCUAAUUGCUAAAAGUUCUUGUAAGGAUCAUCUUUUGCCUAGCCUAGAUAUGUAUGACUUUGGACCGGUCUCUGUUCA